GGUAACGGAUGUGAUAGGCUGAACCUGGGAAAGAAAGAAGCUCGCCUCGUUCAGAAUAGCAGCGGUGCUGGAGUAGCCAACAGUCGUCGUCAGAUAGCUCCAGCCAAAACGGGACAUCGAACCUUUUUUAUUUUAUUUAUUUAUUUGGUUCGAUUGAUAUCCUCUUCUCAAACAAGAUGUGACUUUUAAAAUAAGACUAAUACCUUUAGAAUAUUCAUGUCAGGAUAGCCGGGAGAGAGAACGCCGAGGGGUUUUUGCGAAUGGAAGUUAUUUGUUGUGAAUUGUUUUGAGUAUGUUAUGCCGACGUGAGUUUGUUUUGGGUUCGUCUCUGUUCGUCGUGGACCUUUAAUUUGGAAUCUAACGACAGAAACCAGAUCGUUGAGGGAAACCCAGAGUGAGGAUUCUACAAAGCCAGAGAGCUCGCAACAGACCGGGGAUUUAAAUUGUGUUUGGUGUGCUCCGGGAGAAGCGAGAGUCAAAGAAAGAAAUUCAUGUGGCCAUUCUCUCUUUAGCAAAAUAUUUUGGAUUGCAGAAUGAGCAAGGAAAGACCUAAGAGGAAUAUCAUCCAAAAGAAAUACGAUGACAUAGAUGGGAUCCCCUGGUCAGAGGAGAGGGACGUGAGGAAGGUGCUCUAUCUCUCCCUGAAGGAGUUCAAGACUGCUCAGAAAAGGCAGCUCGGAGACGGCAUCGGAGAUGGAACCAAAUACACUAAUGGUUCCCAUGCCCGCGGGCAGCUCAAUGGCUCAGGGCAAAAGGGCCACAAUGCUGACGGGUCACGGUUCCAGACCACCGACGGCAGCAGCGAGUACUCUGAGGAUGGCCCUGCCAAGAAGAGGCCCAGACUGCAAGCACAGAGGAAGUUUGCCCAGUCUCAGCCCAACUCUCCCAGCACCACCCCGGUCAAGGUGUCAGAUACCGCCCUGCCCGCACCCUCCGCUCACAUCAGAGACAUCUCCAGACGAAAACCCAAGACUGAAGAUUUCCUCACCUUCCUCUGCCUGAGAGGUUCGUCAGCAUUGCCAAGUAACAUGGCGUACUUUGGGAGCUCUCAGGAUGAAGAUGCGCUGGAUGAUGAAGAGGAGUACGAGGAUGUGAAGCCAGACGUCAGCGUGGCAUCUACUUCCUGUCAGUCCACGCCCAGGAAAGGCAAACCCCAAGGGAAACACGCCGUCAAUGGCCACGUGUUGAACGGCCCCAGCAAGGUGCCCCGAGACAGCCCCAAGCCCAGAGGGAAGGAGUGGGUGCAGGUGAGAGAGCGCAGUGAGAGGGCCGAGGCCCGCCGGGAGCAUGCCCUCAGCCAGCUAGAGGCUACAGCCAGGGGCCACACCCUACCCAGGGGCCACACUACCAACGGACUGCCCCACAGGAGGGCCGCAGAGGAGCUCUGCAAGCAGGUCUCUAAAGUGAACGGAGUCACACGGUCGUCCCAGACAGGCAUGCACGCGGCCGGUGCCAAAAAAAUGAAAGACUUCAGACUGCCGUCCAAAACUGUGAAUGGCCUCGUCACAUACACCAAAGGAAAACGAGAACUGGUCAAGAAAACCAAACUGAACAAGCGCAAACACAGCACUGCUGCUACCCAUAGAGCCCAUAGCAACAAUCGCCACCACAACCACCUCCAGCGCCACCAGCGACUCCCCCUCUCCAACUCAGGAAAAGCCCAGAAUAGCAAAGCAAAAACAAGCAAACAGGUGCUAUUAUCCAACGGAGUGCACAAGGUGACCAACGGGGGCGAGGUGCGCCUCAACGGGCACCUCUGUGCAGAGCAGGAAAUGGUGGGCAGGCAGGGGCGUGAGGGACUGAGGAACUCCAAGCGGAGGCUGGAGGUGGCGGUGGCUGCCAUCGGGGCGGUGGCUGACUCCCAGGGGAAGCUGGUCGUCCUGGAGACUAACCCCAACCGUAAGAAGACCAAACGGAACCAGACCAGCCCUCUGGAAACACGCAGUAAGAGAGCAUGUCAGGGCAAGGCCUCGGUCCCUAACGGACACAUCGUCAUGGAAACCACCCCUCCCCCCCUCCCUGAGCCCCACCCCCCCCCCUCCACACCACUAGCCAAUCCAGAGCCAGGGCGUCAGCGGCCCAAGCGAGCGUCAGCCGGCAAGUUGAUGUUCAUCAGACAAGCACAGCACCGGGCGCAGGCUGCCUCUAACCCUAACCACACCCACACCCUUAACCGCUCAACUACCUCAGAGUCCCCUGGCCACACCCCUGGACACAACCCCGGGCAUACCCCUCACAAACCAGCAGAGCCCCGGCCUGACAGGGAGUGGGAAAGGGAGAAGGAGAGGGAGCGGGAUAAAGAGAGGGAGAGGGCGGAGAGGAGCAGGGCGAGCUGGGCAGCGUUGGGUGAGGCACCAGAGUUCUGUCCCACCCAGCGGGAGUUCCAGGACCCCCUGGUGUACCUGGACUCUGUGCGGGAGGGGGCGGAGCCAUGCGGACUGUGUCGGGUGGUUCCACCGGCUGACUGGCGCCCAGAGUGCAAACUGAACGAUGAGAUGCGCUUUGUGACCCAGGUGCAGCGCAUCCACAAGCUAGGCCGUCGCUGGGGCCCUAACGUACAGAGGCUAGCCUGCAUCAAGAAGCACCUCAAAUCUCAGGGCAUCACCAUGGAAGACCCCCCACUCAUCGGUGGCUGCGAGGUGGACCUGGCUCGGUUCUUCCAGCUGAUUAAUGACAUGGGCGGCAUGCAGCAGGUGAUGGACCUGAAGAAGUGGAGUAAACUGGCUGAUCUGCUGCGGAUCCCCAAGUCAGCCCAGGACCGGUUGGCCAAGCUGCAGGAGUCCUACCUCCAGUACCUGCUGUCCUAUGACUCUCUGUCCCUAGAGGAGCACCGACGCCUGGAGAGGGAGGUGCUGCAGGAGAAGGAGGGCCUGGAGCGCCGCAGGGGGCCCCUGGAGGGCCACACAGAGAGGAGCCUGACCCUGCCACGCUACGAGCCCAAGAACGGGCUGGCCGGCAGUCUGGUGCAGCACAGCAACGGUCAGCUGUGCAGCCGGCUGAAGGAGCUGGACAGUCAGCAGCUCAAGGUGGGACGCCGGAGGCUGUUCUCUCAGGAAAAGAGGAAUGGGGAAAUGACCCAGCAGGAGGAAGAGGAGGAUGAGGAGAAGGGGGUUCUCAGUGACCAGCACAAGUGUAUUUACAAGGGGAAAUCUGUAUCUCUCACCAACUUCUUCAGGAUAGCCAGGAACACCAUGACCAUGUGCUUUAACAAAGAGCCUGGGGCUGCAGAGGUCGAGCAAGAAUACUGGAGGAUAGUGGAGCAGAGGCACUGCCAUGUGGCAGUGCACUAUGGGAAAGUGGACACCAACACACACGGAAGUGGCUUCCCCGUGGGAAAGUCAGAGCCAUUUUCUAAACAUGGAUGGAACCUCACUGUCCUCCCUAAUAAUUCUGGAUCCAUUCUGCGGCAUCUUGGAGCUGUGCCCGGGGUCACCAUUCCUUGGCUGAACAUUGGCAUGGUCUUUUCUACCUCAUGCUGGUCUCGAGACCAAAACCGCCUUCCAUACAUUGAUUACUUACACACUGGUGCUGACUGCAUUUGGUAUUCUGUUCCUGCUGAGGAGAAGGUAAAGCUUGACAAGGUGGUUCACACACUGCUGCAGGCCAACGGGACCCCCGGGCUGGAGAUGCUGGAGAAGAACAUCAUGAUCUCUCCGGAGGUGCUUUGUCGAGAGGGUAUCAAGGUCCACCGCACCGUCCAGCAGAGCGGUCAGUUCGUGGUCUGCUUCCCCGGGACCUUUGUGUCCAAGGUCUGCUGUGGCUACAGUGUGUCGGAAACUGUGCAUUUUGCCACCCCCCAGUGGAUGAACCUGGGAUAUGAGGCUGCUAAGGACCUGAAAUGCCGGCACAUAGCCAAACCCUUCUCCAUGGAGAAGUUACUCUACCAGAUCGCCACGGCCGAAUCCAAACGUGAGAACGGGCACAUUCUGACUACGAUCUCCGCUCUUCUCAAAGACCUCAGGAACAUAGAGAUGAGACAACGGCAGGAACUGUACGAGGCAGGGCUUCUGUCCUCUGCCCGCUACGGAACACAUGAUAACAGCCUGGUGCCCGGUGACGCACGCAAGAAACCCAGGAAGUGGCUGGCGCUGGAGUCGUCAGAGAGACGCUGCCAGACUUGCCAACACCUCUGCUACCUGUCCAUGGUGGUCCAGGAGAAUGAGAACGUGGUCUUCUGUUUGGAGUGUGCUUUGAGAUACGUGGAGAAUCACAAGUCCUGCAGAGGCCUCAAGAUGAUGUAUCGUUACGAUGAGGAGCAGAUCAACAGCUUGGUGAAGCAGGUGUGUGGCAAGGCCCUGGGGAAGACGACCGAGAAAUGUAACGGUGCAAGCCCCAUCAAACCACCAUCUAAACGCGGACCCCGGAAGAGAGAAACCGUGGAGGUGUCCCUGUCCCGCCUCUCCUCCUCCCACCUGUCUCCCGCAGCCGUCAUAUGAGGACAUUAUCAACCCCCACUGCCCCUCCAUCUUAGUUUGGAGAAUCACUGUUGUCCUUUUUUUAAAGAAAGAAAAAAUAUAAUGCCCCAAAUCUCCCACGCAACCUUACUAUGACGAACUACCCCACCCACCCCCUUAGUAUGGCAAACUUGUGAAAGCAAGCAGUCUUUUUUUGCACUAGCACGGAAAAUGUUUCUUCAGUUUCUUUUUUUUUGGGGGGGGGGGUGUUAGCAUUAAUUGAAACGUUCACAGGUAAAUGUUGUGCCCCUUUCACUGCCCCCCCCCAAUGUGUGCAGUCAGACCCAUCGCCAUCUGUCACUCAACUGUGAACAAAGGGACGAGUGGUGAAGGUGCUCCUUUUUUCAUUUUAUUGAAAUGACACAAGUAGAACCCAAAGUUUUCUCUCAUCUUUAGUUUUUGAAGAUGAGUUGUUUUUAUUCUCCUCCUCUGCCUGCAGAAGCUCCUGUUGUUCAGGGCCUGUUGUUCAGGGCCUGUUGUUCCCGAACCCACGCCAGGUAAAACUUGAAAGGCAGAUGCGUUUUGGCUGGCUUGUUUUAUUUGGGAUUUUUGAUUUUAGAUUUUGAGAAAGUCUUCUGUGUUUAUUUUGUUGUCGUUGUUUCCUUUUUCUUUGUUACUUGUGGAACUAGUGGUGCCGUGGCUGUAUGUCAGAGAAACAGCCUGGGGUGCCGUGGCUGUAUGUCAGAGAAACAGCCUGGGGUGCCGUGGCUGUAUGUCAGAGAAACAGCCUGGGGUGCCGUGGCUGUAUGUCAGAGAAACAGCCUGGGGUGCCAUGGCUGUAUGUCAGAGAAACAGCCUGGGGUGCCAUGGCUGUAUGUCAGAGAAACAGCCUGGGGUGCCAUGGCUGUAUGUCAGAGAAACAGCCUGGGGUGCCAUGGCUGUAUGUCAGAGAAACAGCCUGGGGUGCCAUGGCUGUAUGUCAGAGAAACAGCCUGGGGUGCCGUGGCUGUAUGUCAGAGAAACAGCCUGGGGUGCCGUGGCUGUAUGUCAGAGAAACAGCCUGGGGUGCCGUGGCUGUAUGUCAGAGAAACAGCCUGGGGUGCCGUGGCUGUAUGUCAGAGAAACAGCCUGGGGUGCCGUGGCUGUAUGUCAGAGAAACAGCCUGGGGUGCCGUGGCUGUAUGUCAGAGAAACAGCCUGGGGUGCCAUGGCUGUAUGUCAGAGAAACAGCCUGGGGUGCCAUGGCUGUAUGUCAAACGGACCAAGGUGCCAUGGCUGUAUGUCAGAAAUACAGAGCUAGGUGCCGCUGGUCUCUGUCUCUGUAGUAGGAGGGAGGCCUCCUUUGCUAGCAAGUGAAAACUGUGCCUGAUACUCAACAAAGAGAUCCAUUGUUUUUGGUGCUGUUGGUUAUUAUUACUGUAUAACAAUACAAAAGAAAGGUGGGGUGCUGGCUAACUGCUAGCCCCCUCUCCCACAGGGCGGUAGCCUCUAGGCUCUUCUCUCUCAUAGGGUUCUAGGCUCUCCUCUUGCAUAGGGUUAGGGUUCUAGGCUCUCCUCUUGCAUAGGGUUAGGGUUCUAGGCUCUCCUCUCGCAUAGGGUUAGGGUUCUAGGCUCUCCUCUCUCAUAGGGUUAGGGUUCUAGGCUGUACUCUCUCAUAGGGUUAGGGUUCUAGGCUCUCCUCUCUCAUAGGGUUAGGGUUCUAGGCUCUCCUCUCUCAUAGGGUUAGGGUUCUAGGCUCUACUCUUCUCGAUGUGCAAUCAUGUUAACAUUCCAUUCUUCCAGUCCUACUGUUUCAUCUGUACCAGUAAACAUUAAUAAUUUUAUUAUUUUCUAUUUUGAUUGUGUUUUUGUUCUGAUGUGCGAGUAGAGUCACUAGUCAAAGGGUGUGAAAUGUGAAAUAUGGAAAUCCAAGUUUUCUUUUGGUGUGUGUGUGUGUAUUUUAGGUUUUUCCCUUUUUCAGAUGUAUUAUGAAUUAUUUUAGCAGAAGGUCCAACACAACAUAAAUUUUUGUACAUAAUCCUGUAAAUGUCUUUAAAUACUCAAGCCUUUUCUGGGGUGAAGGAAGGAAAAUGAUACCUCUAAAGGUAUUACAGGAAGCAAGGGAGGAAGUGCUUGAUGAAGAAAAGCCUUACGUUUCAGUUUCUUCAUCUGUGUGAGUUUGAUGCUUACAGGGUUGCUCUGGUUACGUGUAUACAUUUUAAGUGCUGCUUACAUCACUAAGACAAAGAUAUGGAGUAGCUAUGGCCCCCUAGUUUUUUUUCUGUUUUUUUUCUUUAGCUUUACUUUUUUAAAGAAAAGGGAAAAUAUGUUCACAAAAAUGUACUGAAAAUUCAACAAUGUAGUAGCUCCUCAUGUUGCACUGAGCUUGCCAGUGGUGGCUGACAAGGUGAUCCUAUUAUCCAGUUUGUUGGUUGUUGUUGUCCUUUACAGAAGACUGAACUGUUUUAGGAAUAUUUAAUGAAAACCAAGUCGGUCGUUUUCAACAAAAAAGUGGUUGUCAAGUUUUUAUGGCCUUACAAUGUAUUUUAUUCAGAUUUCUUUGCAAUUUUCUUUUUCUACAGUAUAAACUAUUGCUCACGGUCUGGCAAGUUAAUUUAUUAGCACUGCGUCUCCAUCUUUCCUUCAACUUGGAAAGAGUUCAUGUUGGUUAUAUUGCCAGUUUUUUACUUUUGCAGUUUGUACUAAAGGUUUAAUAAAAACGUACAGACAA